AUGAGAGAUGAGGAGACUGCUCCUCAACCAAAAAAGAGAGCCCGUUUGGGGACUGACCUGACAGAGACAGCGAAAGAUGGCACAGUGUGGCGUGAAGAACAGGUGGGGACGCGUCUCCCUUUCACCCCAAUCAAAGCAUACGCUGCAGAUGGAGAGCCAACGGCUAAGGCCAGGAAAAGUAUCUCGAGUCGCCUUCAGAGCUUCCUGUGUUUCAUCACUCUUGACAUGCUUCAUAGCAUUCAAGAAUGGACUAUUCAACAUGCACAGGAAACGGAGCAUGUUCAUUGGUUCAUGGCCCUCCCUGAACUAAUGGCAUCUAUUGCAAUUGUCAUCUUGCGGGGGCUUACCAAGGUUCCAUCACUACGUGACUGCUGGUCAGCAAACCUGGGAAACCCACAUAUCAUUGGAACAAUGCCGCGAAACCGCUUCCAAGACAUCAUGCGACAACUACGCUUUGAUGACAGGUCCACCCAGAGUGAUCGAGCAAAGACUGAUAAGUUUGCUGCAAUUUCCAGUGUGUGGGGAUCAUUUGUCACCAAUUGCAUCACGUCCUACAACCCUGGUCUACAUUUCACCGUUGAUGAACAGCUUUUCCCGUCAAAGACUCGCUGCUGUUUCCUGCAGUAUAUUGCAACUAAACCUGACAAGUUUGGGAUCAAGUUUUGGGUGGCUUGCGACCUAAAAUCCAAGUACAUUUGUAAUGUCCUCCCAUAUCUUGGCAAGGACCCUAGUCGUCCCAGUGGAGAGAGACUGUCUGAAAAUGUAGUGAUGAGGCUGAUGGAACCAUUCCUAGACAAGGGCAGAAAUGUUACCACGGACAAUUUCUUCACAUCGCUGUCACUUGCGCAUAAACUUCUUAGCUGGAAAACCACCAUCCUCGGCACAGUCAACAAGAUUCGCCGGGAAAUCCCUCAAUCCGCUAGACACACAGAUCGCAAUGAAUUCACCACUCAGGUGUUUUCAACCACUGCUGCUACGCUGACGGCGUAUGCGCCCAAACGGAAAAAGACCGUCUACAUUCUUAGCAGCAUGCACAGCGUGAUUCAGAAUGAUAAUACCACCAAAAGGAAGCCAAACACUGUCACCCUUUACAACACCACAAAGUGCGGCGUGGAUGUGAUGGACCAGAUGUUGCGGGAGUACACUGUCCGCACAGGGACACGGUGCUGGCCAGUUGCCGUGUUCUAUAACAUGAUUGACAUGGCAGCACUGAAUGCACAUGUGCUGUAUCAAGCAUGCACCGGAAGGCAGGAAAGACGGGUGGACUUCCUGGUGGAGCUUGCAAGAGAGUUGGCUAACUCUCAUAUGUGUGCGAAGAAGGCAAGAAAAGAACAAUUGCUUCGGACACAACCCUCCACACCUAGCCCUGGAAAAAGAGCCAUGUGUCAGGUCAAACACCAAUGCAAGAACAAUCAUGCCACUGUGCGAUGUGUUCACUGCUACAGAUACACAUGUGGUAAAGGCAGACGGGAGAUACCAUGGCAGUGCCAGGAUUGUGAGUGA